UCGAUUCUCAGCCACCGCUUCGGCGCUUCGUGAUGUGAAACAGUAAAACUCGGUAUCGGUUUCAACUACAUCGCCGAAUUCACCGGAAAACUCAGAUAAUCCCGACCCCACUCUAGCCGAUGGCAAAUCUAUCGAAAUCUCCACCUCCGAUUCACUAGCCUAUUCAGCUCCUACGUCACCAGUGAAUCGAUUAUCCAUGUCUCACCUGUGACCACAAUAACACAACGAAGCUAUUCGACAGAAACUAUGCGUAGAUGUCUGCGUUGGUUCGUCUUACUUCAAAGGUUGCGUCUUUGGCGAAAUCAGGCCGCAUAACAAGCGCACGUCAGGUGUUCGAUCAAAUGCCUGACCGAGACACCGUCGCGUGGAACACCAUGUUGACUAGCUAUUCUCAUUUGGGUCUAGUUCAGGAAUCUAUAUCGAUUUUCACCGGUUUAAGAUUUUCCGACGCUAAGCCUGAUGAUUACUCGUUUACAGCGAUCUUGAGCAUUUGCGCGAGCCUACGCGAUGUUGGAUUCGGAAGACAAGUCCAGUCUCUAGUUAUCAAUUCUGGGUACGGAUCUUCGUUGCCAGUUAACAAUUCGCUUAUCGACAUGUACGGUAAGUGCUCUGAUACUCUUAGCGCAAACAAAGUGUUUCGAGAUAUGUUCGAUGAUAGUAGAAACGAAGUAACUUGGUGCUCGCUUUUGUUUGCGUACAUGAAUGCUCAACAGUUUGAGUCCGCCCUCGAUGUUUUCGUCGAAAUGCCGAAAAGGGUCGCGUUUGCUUGGAAUAUAAUGAUCUCUGGUCAUGCUCAGUGUGGAAAGGUGGAGUCUUGUUUAACUUUGUUCAAAGAGAUGAUGGAGAGUGAGUUUGAACCGGAUUGUUAUACGUUAAGUUCUCUGAUGAACGCUUGUGGUGAUGCGUCAAAUCUUGUUUGUGGGAGGAUGGUACAUGCUGUGAUGGUGAAGAAUGGAUGGGAUUCAGCGGCCGAGGCGAGAAACUCUGCGUUGAGCUUCUACGCGAAAGUUGGAUGCAGAGAUGAUGCAAUGAGAGAGCUUGAGUCUAUUGAAGUCAUGAGUCAGGUAUCUUGGAACUCUGUUAUCGACGCGUGUAUGAGAAUAGGAGAAACAGAGAAAGCUGCUGAGUUGUUUCGUCUUGCUCCUGAGAAGAAUAUCGUUACUUGGACUAGUAUGUUUGCAGGAUACGGUAGGAACGGAGAUGGAGAGCGAGCACUGAGACUCUUUGUUGAAAUGAUGAAACAUGGAGUGAGUUCUGAUCAUUUCGCGUACGGUGCUGUUCUUCACGCAUGUUCAGGUUUAGCACUUUUAGGACACGGAAAAAUGAUCCAUGGUUGUCUGAUUCAUCAUGGAUUUCAAGGUUAUGCUUAUGCUGGUAACGCGUUGGUUAAUUUGUAUGCCAAAUGUGGAGAUAUUAACGAAGCAAGUCGUGCUUUCGGGGAGAUAGCUAACAGAGAUUUGGUAUCUUGGAACACGAUGCUUUUCGCGUUUGGUGUGCAUGGUUUAGCAGAUGAAGCUUUAAAGCUCUAUGAGAAGAUGAUAGCAUCAGGGACUAAACCGGACAAGGUGACAUUCAUUGGAUUGCUGAUAACUUGCAGCCAUUCAGGACUUGUAAAGGAAGGUUGCACGAUUUUCGAAUCCAUGGUAAAAGAAUUUGGAAUCCCAUUGGAAGUAGAUCAUGUAACUUGUAUGAUAGAUAUGUUUGGGAGAAGUGGACGUAUAGCAGAAGCAAAGGACUUGGCUACAAGUUACUAUUCACUCAUCACUGACGCUAGUGGUGAUAAAAGUUCAUGGGAAGCUCUCUUGGGUGCUUGUUCUACACAUUGGCACACAGAAUUGGGCGGAGAAGUUGGCAGAGUUCUAAAGAUAGCUGAGCCAAGCGAGGAGAUGAGUUUUGUUUUGUUGUCCAACUUGUAUUGCUCGAGUGGACGGUGGGAAGAAGCAGAAGGUGUGAGGAGAGAAAUGGUGAAGAGAGGCGUGAAGAAAACUCCGGGAUGUAGCUGGAUCGAAGUAGGAAACCAGGUUUCAGCUUUUGUAGUUGGUGACUAUUCACACACGCACAUUGAGGAGGUUUUUGAGAUUUUAAACUGCAUCCAAUGUGAUAUGAGAAACUCAGACACUUUUGGACCUUGAGGAUUAAGAAGUGUUGUAUGAUUUGAAAGCGUGUAGAAAAAAUAGUCAUUGAGAAUAAAUUUCUUAACCUUGAUUAUUAGAGUAGUAUGAUUUAAUUUUUUUCUGUCAAGAUGUUAUAUUAUGAUUGAAGUGAUUAAACUGUUAUAUGUA